UUUCCGCCAUUACGGCUCAAACUCCUGUUUGUGGCGCGUGCUGACGACGAAGACGAUGACGUCAGGUUACAUCACGCGCCACACGUUGCUGCGUGAGCGUUAGCUCUCAGCUCGUGCACACUGAGACAUCAGUUAAUUAACUUUUAAUGAUUAUAAACUCAUUAUGUCUUGGGUUAAAGCUGCUCAGCUCAGCGCAGAAGAUGUUUUCGACGAGGACGCGGAUGACUUGAGUGUGUCGAACAAAGAGUGGCUGACCAACAUGAAGAGGAGGAUCCGGGAUGGUUUCGUGGACGGAGCUGACGCCGGGGAGGACGCUGCUCUGCAGGCCGGGUUCAACCAGGGCUUCAGGGAAGGAGCAGCUCAGACUGUGGCGGUGGGAAGACUGAAGGGGAUCGCGAGUGCUGUAUCGUGCUGGUGGCAGAUCCAAUAUCCAGGAAGACCCAUCCCGGCCUCUGUGUGUGACCUCCUGCAGCAGAUUGAACAGUAUGAAAAUACAAUCAUUGAAGGUCUCAAGUACGUUCCUCCAAGUGUGAGCUCCGUGUCGGAGACUAUGGAGGAUCUGGACCUGAAGCAGCCAGAUUCAGGCUGCUGUGGAGAGGGAUGUAAAGAAACGGACUGCUGCAAGAGAGGAGAAAAAAUGGACUUGGAUGUUCCUCACCAGCAACAAAAGCCACAUACUUGCUCCACUGACUGCUCCUCCAGCUCAAGUGGAACUGUGAACCACCUCGUGCAGCGUUGCAUGGAUCUAGUGUCGGAGCUCGGACUGCCGCAGGAGCUCCUCGGUCACAUCGAGGAGGUGAAGAAUGUGUAGUGAUUGAACAUUUGGACAAUACCUGGAAGAACUCUUGAAGUAUAAAACGAAACUGUAACUUUCUUACACACAGCAGUGAACUAUAUUUAUAUAUUUCAUGUAUAUAGUGUAAAAUAUAAUUUUGCGUUCAUAAUUUGUUUGAGAUGGUUUUUGAAAAUAAAGAUUUUU